GAAGCUCGUGAUCCGCCCCUUCAGCUAGUGUCAGACAGUUAGGUCGUCUGCUGGUGUCUCAACGUCCCUCAUCCAGUCCAUCUAUUGUGAUUUAUUGAACAUCGCUCGUUUGAAAACAGAUUCAACCGUUUUCGGGUGAAAAAUAAAUCUUCGCAAGAUGCUGAAGAUAGUUUUAGCGUUGCUAGCUCUGGUGGGGCUCUGUGUGGGGGACCAGUGUGCUGACCAGGCCAACGCCUGUUUCACAGACGGUGACAGCAGAGCCAUCAGCCGGAAAAUGCAAAAUUAUGAUCUGGAAGCGGUUUGCAUGCACUACCUGACCUCUAUCACGUGCGCCAAUAAUGUCCAGGGUACUUGUACAGAAAAAGCAGCAACCAUUGCUAAAGCCAACAACGCAACAAGCAACUUAUGCGGAGCCGACGGCAAGCCUGACCAAUGUGGCCGAGACUUCAAGAGCUGCAUGGACCAGUUUACUAGCAUCGAAAACGAUUUCCGGGCUCAGGAUGCCAAACUAGCCUGCCAGGCGAUCAACCAAUACGAUUCUUGCACAACUAAUUUGAAGAAAAACGACGAUUGCAAGGCGAGGAUUGCAGUGGUUCUGAAUGCAUUUGAGACAACUUUGUCUGGAGAUGAGCUGCUUAUUGGAUGUGACGGGGAAUGUGGAAAAGCAAUUGGCAACUGCACCAGCAAGAUGUUGAACGAUCUCGCUGUGCAGGAGGUUGUCAAGAAAAACUGGACAGAUUUUUGCAUUCAAGCCUACGAUUCUGUGAACUGCCUGGACAGUUUAAAGAAUACUCCUUCAUCUCCAUGUGCUGCCAACCAAACCCUAAUCAACCAGGCAGACGCCGGGAUGCAAAGUCAAAUUAAUUAUCUGAAAGAUUAUUGUGACGCCAAGGGCAAACCAUCAGCCUGUGUGUCCACCAUCAUCCUCUGUUACGCUGACAUUGCUGGCCUCGGUCCAAAACCCACUGUGGCACAGGAGUGCGCAGCAUCAGCGAAGUUUCUAGAAUGUAGCAGUUCAUUGCCCUGUGUCAGUGGUCUGGGUACAACCAUCAAUAACUUGAAAACACAACUCGUCAACGAGCAGGAAAAGGCCAAUUGUGAUAGGAUCGGAUCCUGCAACCAGCGCAUGACGGCAUGCAACGAAUUCCAGACACAGUUGCAAAGUUUUACAAGCCAAGAUGCCAAUUACUGCAACGUGGCUAACAAAGGUGUGUUGUGCUUUGACAACGUCCGAAAUGACGUCAUCUGCAGCAAAGAACAAACUAGGGUCAGCGAGUUUGAAACUAUGUUGGCUAUUGAAAUAGCCCCAGCCUGUGGUGUACAUCUGCCUAGCUGUGACGACCGUCUGAAGAUCUGCGAGGAUACAGAACGUAUCUUGGCAUCUAUUGACAACACGACCAACAAGGCGGACUACUGCAAACGAACCUUCCAAGGCAUCAAGUGCUUUGAUGACAUCAGGAAAAACGCCACUUGUAAGAUGGACCAAGUUCAGGUCAAAGGAUGGGAGGCAACUCUAAAAAAUGUUCUCGGACCAUACUGUGGCAACGGUGGCGCUUCAGUCCAUAUCUCCAUCGCUCUUCUCAUCACAACAUUGUAUCUAGCUUUAAAGGCCUUCAACUUGGACAGAAGUUGAAAGAACACAGAGAUUAUUUUCCCAUCAAAUUGUCUGUAACAUAGUUCAUUUCUAUAAAUGUAGAGUUCAUUUUAAAAAAAUACGACCAUAAUUGUAGAGUUAUUUAUUAAAUUACUCCCAUAAUUGUAGCUAUUCAUUUAAAUAUGGAGUUAGAACACCGUACGUUUUAUCUUUUAUUUCGUUUCACUAAAAUGUUUCAACAUUCGGCAUUAAAAAGACAAAACUUGUACAUGUUUUGGUUGGUGGAAGAUUUCGUUGGUGGCAGUGCUACAUGGUGGUAGUGCUGCAUGGUGGAAGAGUUGAAUGGUGGAAGUAGUGAAAUGAUGGUCAAGUCGCUGUAACAACAAAAAUGAUGCCUAGCCUUAAAAAACGUGGUUGAUUUGUUAAUUGCGUGUCCCUUGUAUUCCUGGUCCUUAUUUUAAUCAACAUAAAUUUAAAAGUGUACAUUAAAAGAGUAAUUGAAUGUUUGAUUGUGCUAUAAAAGGGCGGCACUGGUUGUGAAAUGAGUAUAAAGUGUCAAACAAGAGUGUUAGAGAUAAAUGACGUGUGUCUUGUGUGAAUGGAUGAAGUUUUUUUGUGUAUAGAUUACAUUAACUAAUGUAAUUAUGUUUGUCAUAAAUGCUGGAAAAAUAAUUAUAUAACUAGAGAUAGUUAAACGAUGAUUUCUCGAGAGCUUAUGAUGAAAUAUAGACACUAGAAACAAAAUAAAACAAUUUUCAGCUUU